AUGUGCUCUUACACGUACUCGUGGUACUACUGCAACCACGAUUAUUACAUUUGGGCCAACAGCAUUGAAGUCUGCUCAUCCCGCCUGCUUUCUGGUUAUUCCUACGACGCGUGGAGCAUCGACAUGUGCAAGAACAUGACCGUGUCCUGCGGCGGCUUCUCAAACUACUACUGCACCGAUUGCUCCGAGGACGUUGCGCUGGAGUAUGAGCUGGACGAGUUGUAG